GAUGCAGCAGUGAUGGCUUUUGAAAAAGCACAGAAGAUACUCCCUGCAGGGCAUAAGGAAAGAGCUACAACUCUUAGGUCCUUUGCCUCAGCUGUACAGCAUAGGUUCCAUCAGACAGGUAAUGAUGCUGAUAUGGAGAAAACCAUUCAGCUGUUGACCAGAGCAGUAGAAUUGACACCAUCUGGUGAUUCUGAGAGAUAUAAGUGUGUCCAUAUGCUAGCACAUGCUCAUCACAACUACUAUGAACACAAUGGAGAUUUACUCAAUAUUGAGCAAAGUAUCACCUACUUUCAGGAGAGUGUUGAACUU